CUUUGUUUUGAUUGGUUUAGCAAGGCACUGAAACAGAAAGUUGAAAAAAUAAAAAAAUAUUUAUUGUUUGAUACUUCGGGGCUACCUGUGAAAUCAUUGUGUGGAAAAGGCUGCCGUGGAAAAUAAGUCGUUAAAUAGAGAACACCAUUUUACAAUUCAGAGUGUAAAAAUGGCUACACAGAUUGCUGAUUUAACAGAUGAUGAAUUAAGGGAACAACUGAUAGAAUAUGGUGUCAAUGUUGGACCAAUUGUUUCUUCUACAAGAUUAUUUUAUGAGAAGAAAUUGAGCAAAGUGAUAGCUGCAGGAGGUGUUCCCCCACAUUCUGAGACAGAAGAAUCUGAGGAAGAGGAGGACGAAGAAGAAGUAGAAGAGGAAGAAGUACAGUUUAAUUACAGACAACAUACACAGAGUGUGCCAAGACCAGCUCCCGGUCCCCAAUAUACUAGUACACCUGUUACACAGAAUCAGAGUUAUACACCGGUGACACAGGCCAGAGUAGCCACCCCAACAACAGCUACACGCAGAAAUGUGCCAAGUCAACAAGGUGAUGGACCCACAAGUGCAACUAAACCCAAGACAACAGAGAAACAGAGUAAAGGGGGCAUCUCUAUGUGGAUUAAACUACUGUUUGUAGUUAUCGUAGCAUUUCUUGUUUAUUUGGUAAUUAUCAACAUGAACCCUUCAGCAGAAAAUAAAAUACCAUUGACUUUCGAUGAUUCUGUGUGAAAAACAAUAAUUCAGCUUUUAUGAGAUUUUGUUAAAACAAAGAACGUAAUUUAUCAGUGAAUGGGAGUUUUUCUUGAAUGCAUUGUUAUGUGACCAUAAUGCUAUUCUGCAUUUUUUUCCUCCUGUGUGCUGCUUGCCAUUAAUAGAUAUGUAUUAAUAUUUAGUAGGACUGCAACAAUUUAGGUUGCCUUAGGUUCAAUAUCGGUUAUGACCUCAAUUUUUGAAAAUUGAUAGGAAUAUCUAUAUCAUAAUAAGUUUUAAAUAUCUGAAUUUGAUGAGAUGAUAUAAGUUCUAUUGCUGUUAUAAAAGAUUGCUUUUAAUUGUAUGCCCUGUAUUUGCUUUGUUAAGAAAUUUUAUAGUCAAACUUCUUGUUGAAUACUGCUUUAGCAGGUGCUAGGGGGCGUGGACGGUAACUUGCAUUUCCAUUACCAUUCAUGAACAAGCUCAAUCAAACUGAGCCUGCAACAUUUUCAAUUUUGUCUUUUUGUGCAUUUUUUAGGGAUUCUUUAUUUUUCUCUAUUCUUAAUCACUUAUAUAUCCUGCAGCUUAUCAAUUUCUCUGAUUUAGGGACCAAAUAUAUCUAAUUUAUUUGAUUUGACAGUUGUUUUGUUUUUUUUUGUCAUUCUUAUUAAUGUGUAAAUCUUGAUUUUAUAAAAAUGUGUAAUCUGUACAUGUAUAAUAAUUCAGAAUGAUCAAGCUAAGCUACUUUCAAUGACUUAGAUUCAACAUUCACUGGUAUAGAUGGAAAAAAGUGCUGAAAUAUUUUUGUUUUGUUAUUGUUGCUUGCAAGAGUUUCUUUAAUGUGUUUUAUAAUUUGAAGGAUUUUGAUGUCAUUUUUGAUUAAUUUUACAUAUAUGUUGUUGUUUUUUUUAUAAUUUCUGCCUGUAUUAGAUGAUUGAAGGAAGAUUUUGUACUCUUUAAGAUAUCUUCUUGCUUAUGCAGUUCUAAAUUAGUAUUUGCUUUGAAUAGAGGACAUUGAUAAUGAAUUAAGCAAAGUGCCAUAAUUUAUCUCAUUAAUGCUCACAUAGUUUUGUUAUUAGUCCACAACUAAACAUAGCCUGCAGUCUUUACAAGAAGCAUUUUGUCCUGUUGUAUCAUAUCAAAUUUCAAUCGCUUCUUUUACAGAUACACCUUUUUCAGUCAGAGAGUUCCCCAAAUUCUGUAUAAUUUAAUUGAAUAAUAUUACCUGUCUUUUGGGGCAGAGGCAAAAGCUUUGUUUAUGUCCUGUAUACCUUGAAUAUCAUUUUUUACCUUUUUUGGGCAGCUUCUUCGACAAUGACAAAAUUUAUUUGCUUUUUGGCUUCCAGUCCACGCAAAAAAUAUAUUACACAACAUAUUUACAGAGCAUAGUAUGCACUAUCUAAGCACAUUGGUGGCAAUAAUAUCAUCUAACAGUAAUUCUGGUAGCUUUAGGUUACAGCACAUAUAGUAGUUUUUUGUGAUUCAGAGCCUUAGAUCUUAUAUACAUGAAGUGAAUAAUCUGUACACUACAGUAUACAUGAAUAUUUUCUGAAUGAUUAUUACCAUAUAUAACUUGUUUAGGACUUUCAUAUGUAACUCAAAAUUUAUAUGUUAACUAAACAUUGUAAACUGAAAUAUUCAUAUGUAACUUGUUUAGGACUUUCAUACAGCUAUUUGAAUGUUGAGUUACAUAAACAUUGUAAAUGAAAA